GUCAGUUCAAAUGUCUAUUGUCAAAUCAGAUUGUAAGCAGAAAGUUGUAAACAAUCAAUGUUAACGAGAAACGUGAAUUUAAACAGAACGUGUUUGAAAUACUUCUCGGUUUCAUCGUGUUGCCGCCAGACAAAGCCUUUAUUACGCGGACAGAAGUCAAUUGCAAGUUUUAAUAAUAGUUCACUUCAUGAUAAAAACAUAACCUAUAAUCCAUCUUUUUAUCCGACGAAAGGUUUACAUGAAAUUAAAGAGAGUGUACAAACAUUAGUAGAUAAUCAGAAUUGCAAUACUUUUACGUAUAGAACACAUAAUUGUGGAGAACUAAGGCCGGAACAUGAAGGACAGAAGGUCACUCUUUGUGGAUGGAUUCAAUUCUCUAGGUUAUCCAAAUUCCUUCUACUUAGGGACGCAUAUGGCCUGACACAAUGCAUAGUGAACGACGACAACAUAAGCUUCUCCGAUAUUCCUUUAGAAACAGUUGUAAAGAUUGAAGGUACAGUAGCAUUAAGACCAAAAGACAUGAUCAAUAAGACUAUGCCUACUGGUGUUAUAGAAGUUGUUAUGACAAAGUUAGAGGUACUCAACACUGUUGAUAAGCUGCCUUUCAAUCUGAGAGAUUACCAAAAACCUAAAGAACAGCUUAGAUUACAGCACAGGUACAUAGACUUAAGGUUUCCAGAAAUGCAGAAUAAUUUAAGGGUCCGUUCACACAUGCUACAUAAUAUGAGAAGAUUUUUGAUUGAGAAUCAUGGUUUUGUUGAGGUUGAGACCCCAACAUUGUUUUGUAGGACUCCUGGUGGAGCGAGAGAAUUUGUAGUGCCCACACAUCAUGAGGGAUUGUUCUACUCCCUAGUCCAAAGUCCACAGCAAUUUAAGCAAAUGCUCAUGUCAGGAGGUGUUGAUAGAUAUUUCCAAGUGGCAAGAUGUUACAGAGAUGAAACCACUCGACCAGACAGACAGCCGGAAUUCACACAGUUGGAUAUUGAACUAUCUUUUACAGACUUAGAUGGAGUCCUAACUAUGAUUGAACACUUACUUUAUGCAACUUUUGUAAAGCCACUGCCAAAGCCGCCUUUUAGAAGAAUGACAUACAAGGAUGCAUUAAAAAAUUAUGGAUCAGACAAGCCAAAUUUAACAUUUGAAUUGAAAUUUAUAAAUAUAAAGAAUUUAUUCCCUGAAAAAUCUAAUGAGGAAGACUUUGGUGCAUAUGCUCUUCCAUAUUCUAAGGAAAUUGGCAAACUAACUACAAAAUACAAAGAGAAAAUUAGAGAGUAUGCCAAAAAAUAUUCUUGUAAAGUUGUACUAAAUGAAAAUGUUACAAAGGAAUUGGGAAUGGAAAUAGGAGCAAGAAUCCAAAGCGUAAUCGGAGACGAAGCUGCAAUAAUAGUUUUAGGUGACGAUGAAAAUGCUUGCCAAUGUUUAGGAGAAAUAAGAUUAAUAAUGGCUUCCAUAUUAAAAUCGAAGGAUUUGCUUCAAGUAAAAGAAAAUGUAGAACCAUUAUGGGUUGUAGACUUCCCCUUAUUUGUGAAAGGAGAAAAUGGCUUAGAAACUUGUCAUCAUCCUUUUACAUCACCUCAUCCGGAUGACAUUCAUUUACUAGACACUGAACCACUAAAAGUAAGAUCCUUAGCGUAUGAUAUAGUUAUGAAUGGCAAUGAAAUUGGUGGUGGGUCGGUCCGAGUCCACAAUGCAGAGUUACAAGAAAAGUUAUUGAAGAUUUUGGAUAUUGACUCUUCUAAGUUAUCGCAUUUCUUGAAUGCGUUGAAGUGUGGCUGUCCUCCGCAUGCUGGGAUUGCGUUAGGAAUUGAUAGACUGGUUACGUUGGCAUGUGAUGCUGAAUCUAUCAGAGAAGUGAUUGCAUUCCCUAAGUCACAUGAUGGCAGGGAUCCUCUGUCAGGCGCUCCUAACACUAUAAGUGAGGAUGAUAAGAAGUAUUACCACAUUUCUACUGUGCAACAUUAGAAAUAGCUAUGUUUAAUUUAUUAAUAAGUUACAUAUAUUAAGUAUUCUUAUAAUAACUACAUACAUUAAAUAUUUUGUUGUCUAUUUGGG